GUCAAUAAUAAUAUAUCACCAAUGGAAUAUACGAAGAAAAUAUUAUUUGUUUGUGUCUGUUUUAUUUCAACUUCAGCUUUAUCCAUAGAACAACGAAAAUGUGAAAACUCAAGUCCAUGUGAAUUCAAAACAAAUGAGGAGCUUCAAUAUCCGACACAAUUGGUGUCAAAAAAUCAUAAUCUUGAAGUAAAUUUGAAAGUACAAAUGUCAAAAAUAACAUUGGGUGGAUGGCUAAAUCUCUGGAGAAGAACUUACAAUGGUCAGAUAGGUGGACCGACGUGGAGAGUUAAAGCAGGAGAUACUGUAACUGUUAACUUGAUCAACAAAUUGGGGAAAAACGCACCUGAAAACUCGAAUAAGCUGCUGAAAUUUGCCAACUCAACAAAUAUAUUUUUACAUGGACUUCAUGUAUCGCCUGAGGAUAACGAUGCCAUGAUUCGAGUGAACCCAGGUCAAAUAAAGACUUACAAGUUCAAGAUUGGUUGCAAACACCCAGCUGGGACUUUCUGGUAUCAUCCGAAUGUACAUGGAUCUACAAUGUUUCAGACAUUGAGCGGAAUGUCUGGCAUGAUUGUAGUGGAAGAUCCGGUCACAACAAACCCGAUAUCUUCCUACUCUUGUCCAAAUAAUUGUGAUCAUGAAAUUCAACUUCUAUUUCAACCAACCAUGUUGUAUAAAACCGCAGACGACGGAUUUUCAUUUGUGAGAAUACAGAAAAGGAUACGCGAUGCUGGAAAAUUCAGAAAUCUUGAAGAACUUCGCGGCGGGGAAACACUUGAAAACUGGUUAACAAAGAAAGAUAAUCACGUGCAAUUUUUUACAACAAAUGGUCAACUCCAACCCCGCAUUCGGAUAGAGUCAGGAAAAACAAUGAGAUUCAGAAUGGCAAACGCUGGUGGGAUACAUGUAUUGGAGAUUAGUCUUCCUAGAACAGAAACUGGAGUUCCAUGUGUAGUACAUGAGAUUGCUAGAGAUGGAAUUUAUUUAGAGCAUCCACGAGAACUUCAGCAUGGACAGACAAUCAUUGCUCAAGGAGGGACCGCUGAUUGGUUGAUCCGAUGUGACGUGCCUGGAAAUUACAAGAUUGAGUCAAACCCUCUUUCCAUGCAUAAUUCGGCAUUGACUGGCCACAUCCGAUUUCGCGGACUUCUCGCAAAUUUGGAAGUUAUCAGAUCAAGUAAAUCAAAUUAUAGAAAGUCAAUGUUUGUUGGUGCAACCUUGGAAGAAAACACUCCUAUAGUGUUACCAACUAGGUCAAGGAAGAUGACAGAUUUAAGAAAUGUUAUGGAAACAUCUAUUGUUGGAAAAUUUGUGGUUGAGGCAGCUAGCAACAAUUUGCUAAAUAGAGAAAAGUUUAUUUCAAUAUCAAAACGUGCAAUAGGACACAAAAUUCCUUUGGAUGGAGUGCAGGAGUGGACUCUCCUAAACUCAGAUUCUUCGAGCGCGCACACUCUUUCAAUACAAGGCAAUCCGUUUCAGAUUAUUAGCUACAACGAAUACAGAGGACCAAUUUCAAUACUGACGGUCGGUGGUGGUCAUCGUAUGGUUGAUCAAAAAGGAAGUUUCUGUAGGAACUUAAGACCCUUCGCUCCAAGAGCAUCUCUACCGAAGGUUUUCGCAAUGAAAAAGGUCGGCGUAAGGCGUAGAAAAUAUAUGCCUUACAACGGAAAAGGUUUUGCUUUAGUGGGAGAUUGGAGAAACACGAUCAUUUUACCACCUUUAUCAAAUGUCACGAUUCGAUUUAUUCCUCGUGAUUUUAUUGGAAAAGUGUUGAUUACAAGUCACAACUUACUGAGACAAGAUUUAGGAAUGAAAAUGCUAAUAGAAAUUGCUAAAAAAGGUGAAUCUAUGGCCGUUCGCAGUUUUGGUGUCAAAGGAGGUCGGCCAGGUACUUGCAGACCAAAAGACUUUUAUCCGACCGUUACGGCUCCGUCUGUUAAAAUUGGCACGAAAACACUCAAGAAUUUUUUCUCCUGGUUAUACAAAACAAAGCCUUCAUACAGAAAAACGUAUGGUGAUCAACGAUAUCUUUCCAGACUAUAUGGAGGAUUCUUAGCGCAAUCACAAACCCAUUUCACAACAGGCAAUCAUUUGAAAGACUUUUUUCAAUGGGCAUACGAGAAAUUUCCAAGUUACAAGCAACACUAUGGAGAUCAGGGAUAUUUGGUUGAAUUAUAUGAUUACUACAUAUCACGCAAAGUUAUUCCGAAAGCAUCUUCUAAAAAUAAGAAAAAUACAGCUUGAAAAAAUGACCGAAAGCGACUCGUGUAGCUUUCAUGCUCCAAACAAUUCUUCAGAUUUCCUCAAUCAACACAUUCACACAACUUCUACUAUAUGAUCUAUUGUUCGAAUCUUGAAUUUAACUCUUAUUUUGGAGAAGCUUUAAGCUUAAACAAUAUUUACUUUUGAUUUCUAUAUACAGUAGCAAUGCCACUCACAGAUAGUGGGGGUAGUAACCUAUACCCGACCAUAUCCCAGGUGUUUUGCCGGGUUUCCUGCGACGAAUAUGAAAAAUUCACACAGUUCACAUUUAAUGGAAAUUUUUACGCACUACAUAUUAUUUGUAUCUUUGAGCAGGAUAUUGGUGGACAAAAAUUACGUUCUUUAGCUUUCUGUUAUUUCUUAGAGAGUCGAUGCGUUUGUCUGUACAAAAGUAAUAACACAAAAAUACGGUAUACGAACUCUUGUAAAAGUGAGGUGUUUUUAUUUUAUCGCCCGAACGAGACUCGGUUCAAGUAGACGAGAGUCACCCUUGUAGACAGAAAAGCUAAAAAGUUUGGACGGACACGGAUAUAUCCG